AUGGCAAGUGAGGAAGAGAGUACUCUUGUCUUAGUGCAUUGCUCUGGGAAAAUCCAAAGAAGUAAAAAAUAUGGUGUGAAGUUCACUGAUAGAGAACCAUUGAGUAUUUUCAACAGUUCAUCAAGCACUUUGUCAGAGUUGAAGAACAGCAUCUUGCAGAAGCUUGGGGUAUUUGGUAGCAAGUGGGUGAAAAAGCUAUUCUACAAGAUUUCCAUCACAGUUGUCUUGACCGGUGUUAAGUAUGAUACCUUUGUGCUAGCGGCUGAUGAAGAUAUUAGGGUUUUGUUUCAUUGUGUUAGGAGUUUUCCGGAGGUCAGAAUACACGAGUUGUUCGCGAAGCUGGAGGUUGGUGUCGAUAGUUCUGGGGCAUUAGCUCCAGUUCAUAGCUUGACUGCCGCGGGAGGUGCGUCUAGUUCGAUGCCUGUGGUAAGACCACCUGUUCCGCUGGUCGGAUCCCCCUCAUUCACGGCUGAUUUAGAUCGAACGGAGGUUGGUAGUUCUGUACUUGUGGAGAAUCCAGGGGCCUCUGGGCAGGCAUAUGUGGUGGGCACCGGUGGUGGCUUGAUCCAUGAUGCGCAAGGCUUUGGAGAACCUGAUCGAGUAGAGAAUGCAAUGUGUGACGAUGACUCUGACCAGGAGCCUGUAGAUAUCGUUGGGGACAGUGAUAAUGACACAGGUGCCAAUCCACAUACAGAGCAUGGGCAUUCAAGUUCUGGCACUCAACAGUACCCUCCACACUUCUCCACUCUUAACUUGGAGGCUUUGGGUCAACAAUCAGACGGUGGUCCUACAGUUGGGGGCUCUUCUACAGAAUUUCAGAUCGGGCAAUUAUUCCAGAAUAAAGAUAAGGCUGUUUUGAGUGUGAAGGACUAUCCGUCGAGGUGUUCAGUACAGAGUCAUCGAAUCAGACCAUAUGAAGUAUCAUGGAAAAUGCAAGGAGUUCGGGAAGGAUUCGAUCACCGUCAGCUGGAUUACCACGUUAUCUGUGCGAGGAUUCUUCCCUUGGUUAAGGCAGAUGCUGCGGUUACGGUAAAGGUCUUGCAACAAGCUACAGAAGCCGAUUACGGUUUCAGGCCUAGUUACAGGAAGGUUUGGAUGGCCAAACAGAAGGCAGUGGUACAAAUCUAUGGAGAUUGGGAAGAGUCAUACGCGGAGUUGCCACGUUGGAUGCUAGGGGUACAGUCGAUCAUGCCUGGGACAGUUACUGUGUUGAAGACCUCUCAUGUUCUACUUGGGGGUGAGGUCGAUGAGUCAACCGUGUAUUUUCAUCGACUUUUCUGGACAUUUUUACCCUGCAUCGAGGCAUUCCGGCAUUGCAAGCCCCUAGUGAGUAUUGACGGUACCCACUUGUAUGGCAAGUACGGAGGCACGCUGCUGCUGGUGAUAGCGCAGGAUGGGAACUCGAACAUCCUCCCGAUAGCCUUCGCCCUUGUGAAGGGAGAAAAUGCAGAGUCAUGGGCAUUCUUCUUGUCCAACCUACGAUCGCAUGUGACACUACAGGAGGGUCUCCUUGUUAUCUCUACGUCGAGGAACACGAUAAUCCACCGCAUCUCCAUCACCAGCACCAGGGAGGUCCUCAUCCAAACGGUCGUCGAGCCAUCGCCACUCUCGAUCUGUGGUACGUGUGCCUAUACGCCGACGUCGAUCGACUCGCCUGUUAUCUGGUCUGUCGUAAACCUGCACCCUGGGAGGUGCCUGCGAUGA